AUAAAGUGCGUUCAAAGGCAAAGCAUCUCUGACCUUCGAGUACUUCGGCAUAUCAGAAGCAUCCGUUGAAUUUCUUUAGAUGAAUAUUCGCGUGGUAAAAGAAUUUAUUUGCCUCUCGCCCGCCAUCUUACAUGAAGUUAUUGCGCGUCUUGAAUAUAUCGCGUUAUGUACGUACGUACGUACAUACGUGUCGAAUGAAUAGAGGCCGAUGUCGAUAGAAUAACACGUUCGCGGAGGAUACAAAUUCGUCGAUUCAAGGAUCAUGUUUGAUCGCGCGUGUGCUUGGAAAUGAAUACGGCGCGACGCGGAUGCGACGUGCGUAAGAUAGGGGAAGGUUAUGGAACGAGAAAGUAGGCACACACACACACACACACACACACACGCGUGGCGUAGAGGCGUGUGAAGGUGGGAGCGCGCGGCCGAAGGGUGGGGAGAUCGCGGCGCGCUCGGGCGAUCUCGGCUGGCCGCCGAUGUCUCACGAAGUGUUCCGAAAGUAAAGCGCGCGGCAGACGGUCUUCGCGCGUCGAGCUCUCCGGUCGUUCUCGUUCGCACCUCCCGGUCUCCUCGAGACGUACGUGUCGACGAUUCCCGAAUUUCCGGAUUAACGUUCCGGACAGAAAGGAAGGAACCCGCGCGUUUCCGCGACACCUGUUGUUCGUCCGCGUCGAUAAAUCGCGAUCUACAAUCGAGUUUUUUGUGUUGAUUUGCGUCUGUUCGCGCCUGGAAGUUUGACGCCUCAGGUUCGCGACUGGAGAAAUCAGUUUCCGAGUGUUUCUUUUUGUGAUGUGCACGAAGCCAGCUACCAGCCGCUACAAGAUGACAACCAUCUGGGCCUGUGUCCUCGCCGUGCUGUGUGCGACGUUUGCUACAGCGUCAAGACCGAAUCUGAUGAUAGACAUCGAGCCGAAAAGGGAAACGGCUGUCCGGGUCGGUGAGAGUUUGCAAAUUCUAUGCAAAGCCUCACAACCACUUCGUGUUUGCCGUGUGGAAAUACCUGGUGAGGGUAGUAUGGUGCUGAACGAGGGACAGCCGCCGGAAGACGGUAUCGAAUAUAACGGCGUGGGUCUCCAGGAAGGCCACUGCGGUGUCCGUAUCGCCAAAGUGAAGGAGAGCAACGACGGCACCUUUAAAUGCUCCCUCACGACUACCAGCGCCCGGCAAGAGGCAACCGCAUCUCUGAAAAUUAUCGUUGCGAGACCACCCAAUAACCCGGAUCUUCGCACGAGUCCCGGAUCUGUUCCCGGAAAUAUUUACAGAAAAGGAGAUAGAUUGGAAAUCAGUUGUAGCGCUCCGUCUGGACGACCAGCAGCGAAUAUCUCGUUGUUCCUCGACGAUGAGCCGAUCGGCAACGAUAGACUCAUCUACGAGACGAAUAUAAACGAGAACUCUUUGGCUAUGCAAAACGCUUCACGCAGUUUGGAUUGGACGGACAACGGCAAAACAUUACGAUGUGUGGCCAGUCACAUCGCUCUUGAUAGACCCAAGGAAACUACUAUGCAACUCGAAAUAUACUAUCCACCUCAGCCACAUUCAACAUUCGAACGUUUCGGAUACGUGAUUGGCAGACGGGGAGUUAUCAAUGUUACUGUAUAUGCGAAUCCUAAACCGCGAUUCACAUGGCGAGUGAACCAAGAGCAGUUCGAAGAAGGUCAAACUGACGACAGCACUCGAUUGCAAACUUCAACUGCUGUCGAAUUGGAGAAAGGAGUAUGGAGUGCAGUUCUGACAAUCGACAGCAUUCAGAAAUCCGACACGGAGAAGGAAUAUGCGUUGAUAGCGAACAAUAACGAGGGAUCAUAUGAAUAUCGUAUCGUUUUGUCGACAUCCUCGGAACCAGCGGGUGUUGAUUUGGACGCUGGAUCUAUCAUCGGUAUCGUUGUGGGCGUUCUGGUGCUCAUACUCAUUAUUUUCCUCGUAAUCUUUGCACGCGCGACCGGCCGCUGGUGCUUUGCAGGUCGUUCGUCCGCCAGGAAUCUCGGGGAGUCAGACUUCGCGGAUCCUGCGACGAGCAUUAGUCUUCUUCGCCUCGAGAAAUCGAAAACUGCGGCUGAUGUCGUUAGAAAAAGAAGUGACACAGAAAGUGCCGGCAGAUAUUCCCGAUCAGAAAUAGACGGAGCAUCUUCCCGAGGGCAACGGAAAUCAAGAUUUAAUCUGUCCAAGCUCUUUGGACGUAACAAGGAUAAAGUGUCGGGUACCGAUACAGAUACAAUGAAAACCGUCAUCACCGUCGGCGACGAGAAGAUUGCUGAACCGGCCGCGCAGGAAAGCAGAACGAAUCCUCCAACGAGUGAGGGUGGAAUAGUUUACGCAGAGUUGGAUCUUACACAACAAGGUACUACAUCCCGGCGACUGAAUGAGGAUAAAACGGAAUACGCUGAGAUCUUGUACACGAAACCGGAAACGGAGGAAACGGCCGAUAAAUAAUCGCGUCUCGAAAGCGAUUAAUAUACAAACGAUCGCGUGUUCUUCAUCUUUCGAGGAGUUACGAGUUUUAGAAAAAUGGCAAUUUCUUUCGUAUAAAAGCUGAUGCAAUAUUACUACGAGCAAACGAAAAACAAAAUGAACAUACAAUUGAAUCAAAUUAAAACGACAGACAAAUUGUUUCAAGGCGUUUUAUCUCGUUAUUAAUCUUUCAUCGCAUUUAUCGCGAUCAUUUUUGUAUACGAAAAUGGGCAUGAUCACGUUCCUCAUUCAAAGCCCCGUGGCCGUACGUGUGAUAAUUUGUUGUAUGGUAGAUAAUGUUAUGUUAUGAUCGCGUGAUGUUCCGAUCUCUGUCCUUCGACGUACGUGUUACAUAGCUGGUGAUUAUUGAAUUUGGGAGCAAGGAGACACAGCUUUUUGGCGUUAAAAAUAUACGUUGCGGCGCACAAAUCAUUUUAUAAAUUUAUAACGUGUCUCAAAAUAUAAUGUAUACAAGCAACUAGUUAUCUCUUAAUUUACAUUCAACGAGAAUUCUUUCUUUAAUGAGAAUUUUGGAAUUUGGGAAGAUAUGAUCUUAACCAUCAUGUUGUCAAACAAGUUUUUUCUUAUUCAGCAAAAUAUUCUACUUAAAA